AAAAAAAACGUUGGCGACGUCUGGUUUUGAGUUUAGAACUUCAAACCACUAUCAAAAUUCCGACAAAGAAAAUAUCAAAAUUGCUAUGUUUUCGUUUUAUUAUUAAUAAAAUAUUGUGUUUCGUUGAGAAUACGUAAAACUGCGUUAAUAUGACGUCGAAAGCGCAGAAAGAGAAACCUCAUACGGCAGCACCUCGUCUGACCCCUCGCCCGACUGCUGCGUCGGCGGCGCGUGCUGCUCGCAAUGCUACUAACAGGAACCUACUGUUGCCGCAAGCACAGAGGCAGUCACCCACCAGGUCCCCCAGCGGCGCAGCUGCAGGUGCCUCCAACGCCUCUAUCAAGGCUAAAGGACCCAUACCUCGGAAUCCUUCGAGGUGUGAUUCUAAAUCUGAUUUGAAAGUGCCGGCCAAGCAAGAUUUGGAUACGUACAUAGUAGAAAACGUAUCAGUGGUAGUAAUUGAAGAAGUAUCUAAUAAUAAAGUUAUCGAUUACGAAACUGCUGCCAUUGAAGAAAGUGGUGAAACUGAUAAAUUCGACGAUAAAGUCAACGAGGAAAACUCACGUGAUCUUGGAAAAGAGAAUGUUGAUCAUUUGACCGCCCAUUUGCCGCCCUCUCGGCCGCACACUCCGGCCCAUGGUAGUCGACCGCAAACACCGAAGAGUCUCCCCAGCCGGCCGCAGACGCCAUACCAGUCGAGCCGACCCACCACGCCCGUGCAUCCGCACCACGGGACCCCGGCCAGUCGACCCAACACCCCUCGUCUCUCUACCCCGAACAGGGCUAAUAUGCCACAAAGUGGGAGCAUGAACAUAUCCGCCUUACCAACACAUGACCGACUUCCGACCACCAACUCCCUGCCCAGCCCUCCAAAGUCGCCAAUUAUUGAAGACGAAGACAUUAAAUCGGUUUAUAAUAUGAAGCAGAAACAAUUCCAAAGUAUGAAGAAGGAGCUAGAUUUGAAGCAGCAAGCCGUGCUGGAAGUUUUCGAGAAUCUCCGCGGUCUGCGCGAGCGCAUGGCGCAGGAAGGCUCGUCUGGCAGCGGGGAAGGUCUCCCGCAGCAGGAGCUGGUGGUGUUUAACGUGGGCAACUGGGCCGCUGACGAGGUGGCUCAGCUGUGUCGCGACGCGGCCGCCGCCAUUACACCCGGCGCCGCUGACGUAAUCAACAAGAUCAUGCCGUUGGACGAAGGUACCUUUGCCGAAGUAGACGCGAAGCUUACUAAGGUUCCUGUGCGCUUUGCCGAAUUAUGUCUACAGGCGUUUACUGCACGUCAGGAAAUUAUUGACUGGGUCAAAGAUCUUAUAGAGAAACGUGAAGACAAUCCCAACGAAGCUAUGGACCAGAUCGCUCGAUACAAUGUGCAAGGACUCGAACUAUGCGAGGCACUGCGAUCUCUAAAAACUUGCGCAGACAGUGCGGUAGAAUCGAUCUCUCAGCUUUCCAGGCAAACUUAUCAGGAGCGCAGUGCCCUCAUGGCUGUCGGGGAGUCACUCAUUCGGGAGAUAGCUCAUCUCAGGCAAGACCUCGACGCUCGAACCGCUACAAUCAACGAACUACAGCAGUUGCGGAAUAGCAAUGAAACAGUUAAGCUUUUGGAGGAGACACGUCGUGAACUAGAAGAGGAACGAGCAGCACGAUCGGUGACUAAAGACAAACUAUCCACCACGGAGUCUCAGCUUCGGCAAACGAGGAUGCGAGUCUCUAAGAUGGACCGGCAGUUGCGAGAAGCUGAAGCCAGCAUCGCCAGUCUCACGGGCACCGUGAAGACCUUAGAAGAUCAGAGUCGACAAAAAGAAGUGCAGCUGGAAGCACGUGCACGGAAAUUGAAAGAAUCUUUGAAGACUGGUGAAGUCGCCAGUAGUCAUAUAGCACAACAACGUGAUGCUUUACAAGCCGAAGUGGUACAACUCAAAGAACAAAUUGAAAAUAUGACAAAUCAACACAAAUCAAUGGUACAGGAACUUACAAAUCAAAUAAAGGAAUUGAAACAUACACUAGAAGAUCAAAAAGUUAUAUACCAAAAAGAAACUGAGCAAAAACAAGCGACACAAGCGGCGUUACAGGACAGCCAAAAUAUUAUCGAAGAGCUCAGAGCAAAGAUUACUGAAUUAGAGAACAGUAGAGUAAAUCCAGAUUUACCUACGGAAAGGGAAAUGGACUUAUGGGCAGAAUUGCAAGCGACAAAAGAGACGUUGCGAAUGACGGAGGACGAGAUGGCAGCUUGUAAACGAGAAAAAGUCAGAUUUUUGGAAACAAUGACAAAGAUUGCGGAUUCAGAUAACAAAGUAGCAAUGCAGAAGAAACUGGCUGCCGAACUUCUUAGUAAAGAAGAAAUAUUUAGCAAAAUGCAAAUACAAAUGAGGGAGUUAACGAAAAACAUUAAAUUAAAUGAACAAAAAGUCGCCCAAUAUGAACAAUAUGUACGGGACCUACAAGCUCACAAUCGUGCGGUAGCCAACUGUCAAGAGGCCCCGAACGGAAUUAGUUAUCAGGAUUUGCAACAAGAGAUAAUGAAUCUUAGAAUGAGUCUGCUGGAAGCUGUGCACAGGAAUGAAGAGCUGACAGAGUUGCUGAUGCAGAAAGAGCAACAACUCGAGCAGCAAGAAAAAACAUCACGUGCCCAGGCAAGAGUCAUAAAGGUACGUGAAGAGCUGAUCAACAUGCUCAAGAAUAAAGAAACUGAACAGAGCAGAGAGCUGGCCGCUCUACAGCAAGAUCUAGAGCAUCGAAUGAAUAUUGUAGGCGAAGUGAACAAUCAAAUCGCAGCCAAGGCAGAUGAGAUAAAAGAGCUGUUCACGACGCUUGAGAACAAGCAGCAACAGAUACACCGGCUGGAGAAGAUCGUGCUGGCGCUGGAGGAGCAGCAGCGGCGUGCGCAGGCGCAGCGCACACGCCACGAGGAGAAGAUCGCGGCACUCGAACACGAGCUAGCAGCUAAUGGAAACCGACGGGAGCGGAAAUAUCUAUUUUUCUGAUAAUAUGGGGAUCAUACUUAAUAUUGAAAACACUAUAAAUUGUAAAGUGAAUGUACGGUGAACUUUUAUGUAAAUUAAUGUCCUUGUCUGUAUUGUAAUUGUUUCAAUCCAUAAAUCAGUAUUAAAUAUUUUCAAUAAGAA